UGUUUGUGGAGCUCCGAUUCCUUACGUUAAACAACGGCGCGGUGGAUCACGUGACACAUCUGCUGCUGCCUGCUGGCUGAGCGAAAGCGUGUUAGCAGAUUUUUUCUAUUUUGUACAUACAUUUUUUUUGUAUAUACUGUAUAUGAUGACUUCAGUGGUCAGCAAUCCAGCCCGAGGGACUCGGGACAAGACGCUGCCCACAACCACCCAAACAACACAGCCACAGAAACAGAUACAGGCCACAGCAGAGCAGAUGCGUUUAGCGCAGGUGAUCUAUGAUAAUAAUGAUGCUGACUUUGAAGACAAGGUCAAACAGUUGAUUGAGGUAACUGGAAAGACCCAAGAUGAAUGCGUAGUAGCCCUCCAUGACUGCAAUGAAGAUGUAAACAGAGCCAUCAAUUUUCUGCUUGAAAGUCCCUCCGACACAAACUCCUGGGAGACUGUAGGAAAGAAGCGUAGUAUGGGGAAAGAGGGAGGAACCUCGGAUUUAAAAGAAAGCCGGGAGAAGAAAGGAGAACGGGAGGCCAGCCGUGGACGUGGAGCGUCCAACAGGAGGGGCAGAGGAAUCAGCCGAGGUCGUGAAGGUCGUUCAGAGGAGAAUGGGUUUGAGGUGACUCCUGGAGAGAGAGGGUCUGACCGUGGGCGCAGGGGACGAGGCAGAGGAGUCGGGGGCCGUGGGAGAGGAAGAGGAACUGUUGGAAACAGGUUCUCUUCACAAGGAAUGGGCACUUUUAAUCCUGCUGACUACACCUCGAACUCCAGAGCCAACCAGGACAGAUUGGAGGGCAAUGAAACUACUGAGGGAACUGGAACAUGGCAACGUGGCAAUCUGGAAGACUGGACUUCAGAAGAAUGGAAUGAGGAUUUGUCUGAGACCAAAGUGUUCACUGCCUCUUCUGCUCCAGCUAACCACAUCACACCUGGACACAAUGUGGACCUGGCUAGCAUACUGCCUAAGACUGGAGUGACUGUGGGAGGUUCUGUGGACUCUGACUUGGGAGCAAUUGUUGAUGGUCCUUCAGCAGAAGAUUUGGGCCAAAGCCUGGUGUUCACCAACUCCCACCACAAUGGACGGACUGCAACACACAGCUACGCACAUGCCACCGCCAACAGCUAUGCUCAUGCCGCUUCUGCUAGCACCACCUAUGCACAUGCUGCACUGUCUUCAGUCAUAGGUUCUGGUUUUGGGUCCCUGAAUGCACCUAAGCAGGCACCAAGUCCAGACAUUUGCAUGUCUGAACCACUCAACGGGCCUCGAUUGCCUCAGAGAACCAGUCAGAUGUUGGCAACAAGCGGCGGUAUCUCCAAAGACCCAGGACAACCUCCGAUGCAGAGUCCAGCUCCUGCAGCUUCACCUGCUGCAGACACCAAGGCUCAGAGGGUUGAAAAUGGCCCUAUUGGAUCCCAAAACUUGGAAAUGAAGCAUCAGCCAGAACCAUCUGCAGUGCUCAGCCAGCUUGCUCAAAGGCAGCAGCAGUCCUCCAUACUGCCCACCACAGAACCUCUGGGCCUGUCUCAGCCACACGCACCACAGGUCCCCACGCCACCAGGUCAGGAGUCUUCUGGCCUCCCUGUAAGAGACGGAUCUUCUCCAGGAAGUAAGCAGUCAGGCCUGGAUCUUUCGAUCUCUGAUCCUCCUCAGCGACAGUUAAAGACCCAGCGACGCAGAGCUCCUCUUCCAUCAAAGAUUCCAUCGUCAGCGGUGGAAAUGCCAGGCUCAGCCGACAUCUCUGGUCUGAACGUUCAGUUUGGAGCUCUUGACUUCAGCUCUGAAGCUGGAGGUGUAACAGCAGACUCUCAGGCUGAGUUGGCCCGGGAACAUUCAUCCACCCUGGUUCAGACCACCAUGCCUGCUCCUGCAGCUGUUCCCACACAGCAGGCACAGAACAGCAUGUUCCCCAAGUCAGGAUCUGUGAGUGACCACAUGACCAGCUUACCUUCAGCUGUAUCAGAUGUCAGCUUUCCUUCUCCAUCUCUGGGCCUACCUGGUGCUACUCCCUCCCCUUCACUCGGUCUCCCCAGUGCAGCAGCGCCACCGUCCUCUUCAGUUCCUACUCCAACCAGUCAAGUAGACAACAGCAGCUCAAGAACGCUGCCUCCUCAUCUUGGCUUCUCGCAGAGCAAAGACGUCCCAUCAGGUGUUACUGCUCCUCUGACGAAUGGCUACAGUGCUAUGAAGACACAGGGCACACAGGAAAGCUCUACGUCAUCUAGAACUGUGAAAACAGAAUCUCCUGUUAUGACAAGUGAGGGCGGAUCUGGACACCAUAUUCCUUCUCCUGUAGUUACCCCAUCCCACUCAGCCCCCAUCUCAUCACUCAGCAGUCACAUGAGCAGUACUCACUCAUCUGGAUCAGCCCUUGUCACAAGCUCUUCCCUCACUAUGACCAAUGAGGAAAGCAACAGCAACCUUCAUGCCUUUUCAUCAUCGUCCAGCCAAGCUGUCGCUCCUACUGCAACCACUUCAUCCUCCAGUGGUUUGCACCAAUCAGCAGGACCAGGACUCAGUCAGAAUGGCACAAACAACGCAAUCUCAGCUGCAGGCAGCCGCACAGCACCACAAAUCACCACCGCUUCUGGUAAGGCUCCUCCUAAUUUGGCCCAAGGAGUGCCGCCGCUACUGGCUAACCAGUACAUUAUGGGUCCUGGUGGCUUGCUGCCUGCUUACCCGCAGAUCUAUGGAUAUGAAGACUUGCAAAUGCUGCAGUCUCGACUUCCUUUGGACUACUACGGUGUUACAUUCCCUGGUGCUACAGCUCCAAUCCCUGGAAGAGAGAGUCUGGCUAAUAAUCCAUAUUCUGGUGAGGCAACAAAGUUUGGCAGGAAUGACUCUUCUUCCCCGGCUCCCCCAACCAGCCUGGCUACAGCCGGGGUCCAGUCUCAGACCCAGCAGACUCAGCAGGCAGGGACUCAAGGACAGGGUCAGAACCAGGGUCAGCAGACACAGAACCAGGCUUUCCUCAACCCGCCUCUGCCACCUGGCUACGGAUACACUGGUCUGCCAUACUACGCUGGCAUGCCUGGCGUUCCUUCAGCCUUCCAGUACGGCCCCACAGUGUUUGUGCCUCCAGCUUCUGCCAAGCAGCCUGCGAUGGGCCUGGCCAACCCCUCCAGUCAGUACCACCAACAGCAUCAGCCAAGUUACGGGCAGCACCCCUACGGUGCAGCUUUUGAUGACCUGUCUCAAGCCCACGGUGGGGAUUACAAUAAGACAGGGUAUGGAGGCUCUGCCCAGUCACAGGCCAAAUCAGCAGGCAGCGGCCCAGGGAAAGCACCAGGAUUAUCUGGAUCAGGAACUGCUGGUGGAGUUCCUGAUAUGGGAGGUUCCAUAUACAGCAAAACACAGUCGUUUGAUAAGCAAGGCUUCCACACCGGGACGCCACCUCCCUUCAGUCUGCCUUCUGCUCUGGGAGGAACCGGCCCCAUGAACCCUGGUGGAGCUCCUGGCUAUGCUCCUGCCCCCUUCCUGCACAUUCUGCCUCCACACCAACAACCCCACUCCCAGCUGCUGCACCAUCACCUAACACAAGAUGGACAGGGUGGUCCAGGUCAGCGAAAUCAGUCCAGCAGUAUGCAGCAGAAAACCCAAGGCAGCAAGUCCAGCUAUGGCAGCUCCCCCUACUGGGCAAACUGAGGAAUGCUCCCCACUCCCUUCUCCCCCAAAAGGCUGUGUGGUUGCAUGAGAGUGUGUGUGUAAAGUUAGAACAAAACAAAUGGAAAACAUAAAAAAACAGGCACACUACCCUUACAAUGAGCAUUAUGCUCUCCCCACCUCCCCAAGUCCUCAUAAGUCUUUUGGGUUCUCUCUUCCCCCUUCUUUUCAAAAUUGGUUGUACAUGUAAGAUAUUUAUGUAUGUAUUUAUAUAUAAAUAUAUAUAUAUACUGUAUAUGUAAUAGUAGAACAUAAAGUGGUUGCCGCAUUUUUAUUUUUGAAGGACUUUUUGUUUACUUUUUUCAAAACUGCAGGAAAAAUUGUUACAUUUAAUAUGAGAGUGAAGAUGAUAAAUGAUCCAAUCCUGAAGAAACAGAAAAAGGAAAAGGAGAGCGCAGUAGCACUGAUCACAUGAGGACAUUUCAGAUGGGGGUGGGGUUUAUAAUGACUAACUGCAUCUGUCUUUUUUUUUUUUUUCUUUUUUCAUACAUGACUUCCUGUAUUGCUUAAUUCAUCCUCUUUACAUUUCUUUCAUAUCUUUUCUCUCCGUCUAGCUCCCUCCCCUGGAAGCUGCCUUCCCGCCCUGUGUCCAUACCUCCUCUUUUUAAAAACUGCAUACCAGACCUGUCCAACCAAAUUUUAUAUUUUAAUUUAAUUUUAACCCUUAUUUCUCUCAAAAUAAAGUUCUGAGCAGUUGGAGCUCCAA